AUGUCGUGCACCUUCCACUCGGACCGCGUUGCGCAAACCUCUUCCCUGCCGUCAUCCUUGACCUUCAACAAUGGCUUCGAAGAUACCCAAGGCCAACCUCUCGAAAUAUCCAAAUGUACGACCGCUAUUCAAGCGUCCGAUGCCAUGGUGGGGGACGACGGUUGGAUCUGGUGCACUACUGCUCUGCGUCUUCGGUAUAACUCGAUAACCCGGAUAUACAGAGGAGUUGCAGCGCAUUCAACAUGGAACUACUGGACUGAACCCACAGUCGUGAAGAUACCCGCCUCCGAAUCCUCCACCGGCCAGGAAACCGAGAAAGUCGAAUGGAAUUUACGGCCAGCCUGGCAACGCGGUGGACUCUGCGUAGCACAUGUCCUAGCAGGCUGCAUGUUCGCCGGUGGUCUGCUAGGCAAACGCCAACUCUUCAUCCGCUCUGUCUAUCUCGCGUCACCCGAAAUCCCGGCUGGCACAAAACCCGUUGCAGACGUUCGGAGGUUGAUCAUCCAGUCUGCAGCGGAGACUAAAGACGUUGGAUAUGAUUACCCCGUCAAGGGAUCGUGGUUGGAACCGGGGCAGAGCAACGAUGAAAUUAUUCUGCGGUCGAGUUGGGCGAAUUUGAAUUCGAGGUUCUCGCUGCCGCUGCGCUCAGCGGAGGUUAGUGGGACCAAGUAUGCGACUGUGGAAGAGGCGAGGGAUAAGCUGGCGGAGGAGUGGAAACAACUGCUGCCCCUUGCGACCACGACUCAAAAACGAUAA